AUGUGUAGUUUAGAAAAUGCCUGUGACAUUAUUAAUCUAUCAUCAGACGAGGCUGGCGAUGUCGAAAUUGUCGAUUGGCGUUCACCUAUAAGUCUAAAUAAAGAUGAAAACAGUAACUUCGAAUUUAUACAUGAUGCACAUUUAAAAAAAUUAAUACAAAUAUGUCUUAAAGCCGAAAACUCUAAAGGUAUGCUUAGAGUUAUAAACAGAUCACUUUUGCCUUUAUACCAAGAAGCAAAGCCAGAUUAUUUAAAUAGCAUAGAAUUUCAAGAAAUACUCCAAAGAAGUAGUGUAAUGAUAGAGAAGAAGCCCAGAUUUAAAUUUUCUUACAUAAAAUCAGUAUGUGAAAAUUUAAGGAGGAACAAAAAGAAAAAACGACUAAGUUUCAUUACCCUAGAUUCAAACAUAAAAAGAAACAGAGUAAAUAAUGGCCAUAACAUGGAAAAUGGAAAGAUACAUGUUAUUGAUGAGGAUAGUAUUGGAGAAUGUGGAGAUAAAAAUGACGUUAUACUUCUGGAUGAGGCAGUAAAUGAGGAAAAAGAAAAUCAAUCCAAUAGUUUAGCAUUACAGCUUGAGCAUCAAGCAACUUCGUCAGAUCUAACAGCUCUGGACACAAUAGACAAUGUAAAUGACACACAAGAAAUUCAAAAUGGUGUAUUAAAUUUGUCACAUAACUUCACAUGUGAUAAACCUACAACAUCAUGGGAACCGUUAAAUAACAGUCAAGAUAAUUUAUUAAUUGCUCAAAGAGUUGAGUUACCUAGCGUAGAUGAGCAAGUAAAAAUUGCAUCUAUGGAAUUUGAAAUUAUGAGGUUAGAAAAAAUAAUCAAACAGUUGGAGGAGACAGAGGUUAUUCAAGAUAACCAUUGUUCACCAUAUGUUUUAUCCGAGUUAUAUAAGGAAAAGGUUGUGGACCUGUACAAACAGCUAUGCCAUUUGACUCAGUCGCCUUUAGUGAAAAAGCAUGAAGUCCGACUAAGGGUCUUGGAAGGGCAUGUGGAAGCACCAGUGAAGAUUCUAGAAAGAUUCCUUAACAAUAACUUACAAAGUAAUGGAUAUCCCUUAUUUCCUGACUUCAAUGAUGUUAAAAUAUGUGUUGUUUUAGCAAAUGACAUUCAUAAAUUAGGAUGGGAUGCUGCAAAAGUUAUGAAAGAAGCCAGAGUACUAUUUACGCAAUGCGGUCGGGCCCUGCAAAAGUUGCGUCAGAGACGUGAAUGGAGGGACUUGCUCGCGAAUGUGAAGAAGGAACAUGAAGAUGAUCCAGCGCUGCAUGAUCCAGAGUUAAUGGCCAAGCUGGAUGCAAACAAGCAGUGGGCCAUAAAGAGGGAAAUGAACAUUAUCGAGAAGUACGCUCAAAUGGAGACUGAAGCCCUAAAAAAACGAAAAAAACAUACAGAGAACAUAGUAAAUAACGAUAAUGCGACAAGUGAUAGCGACGCAGAUUCUGUUGUCCUAUGUGAAGAAGACAUGCUAAGGAAUGAAGAAUUUUUCAGAAAACUAAGAGAAGAAGUGAAAAUUGAAAAGACUGAUAGCGUAGAUGAUACACACAAUGGUGAACAAGUUAAUGUCAAGGAAUGUGUAGUUAAAAUGGAACCAUUAUCUAAACAACUGGAAGAUUUGGGAGAUAAUUUUACAGUUACCAUUGAAAUCGACAAUCCAUUUCUUGUGGUUGAAGUGUCUUCGGAUAGUGAUGAUGAUGUUUAA